ACGGUAUAAAUAGGCGACACGGAAAGGAGCAGAGCAUAAGCAGCGAGCAACAGGUACCUCCUGACGCACAGACCAAAGCAGCAAGCUUCAUCAUCCACUUCACUUAACCUCAGUUCAGUUUAGCUCAAAAUACUUAAUACAAUGGAGUACCGCAACGGCAUGGACAUGAACGGCGUGACCGAGGUGAUGUGCCAUAACGGCUGUAACAGCGACAGCACCGUGCAGCAGCUGAAACGGGGCGAAGCAGCGCGCUUGAAGGCGGAGGAGCGGCGAGUGGCGGUCAUGCAGUCAGCCUACACCGCCAUCCUGCACGCUGUCGGAGAGGACACUGAGCGUGACGGACUGGUCAAAACUCCUCUCCGAGCCGCCACGGCCAUGCAGUUCCUGACAAAGGGCUACCACCAAGACGUCUACGAUGUCCUUAAUAAUGCCAUUUUUGACGAAGAUCAUGAUGAGAUUGUUAUAGUGAAAGACAUUGACAUGUUCUCGCUAUGUGAACAUCAUCUAGUACCAUUCUUCGGCAAGGUCCACAUAGGAUAUUUGCCAAGAAAGAAAGUGGUUGGACUUAGUAAACUUGCAAGAAUUGUAGAAGUCUACAGCCGCAGAUUACAAGUACAAGAGCGUCUGACGAAGCAAAUUGCCACGGCCAUCUUUGAAGCCCUGAAGCCAGCAGGAGUAGCAGUAGUCAUUGAAGCAGCUCACAUGUGCAUGGUCAUGCGUGGUGUGCAGAAGAUGAACAGCCGUACCAUGACCAGUACCAUGCUGGGAGUAUUCAAAGAGGAUCUGAAGACUCGUGACGAGUUUCUGGCACUGACCAAGGGCAGUUAGUGUCCCACUGCUCUUUCAUUACAAUGUCAUCUUGACAUGAAACACCAGCAAAGCGGUUUCGCACCUAACUGAGCCAUAACAUUCACUUCUUUUGGCAUCGACACGUCCUAAAUGUGCUUGAUGUUAGGGCAACACUUGCUGUUACAUCAACCUAAUCAUAAAUACUCCACCACAGAGGCAAUUUUAAUUUUAUUUAAAUAGCCUUAAGGCAUGUUGCCAUGUUGAUAUACAUAACUAAUUCUAACUACUUUAUAGCUGCUUGAAAAACUAAUGAAUGAUUAACUUUUAGCUUUAGUACUAUUUUAACAAAGUGAUUGUACUGAUAAUAUUUUUUAAUAUCUAAAUGUCAAGCCUGACUGCUUAUUUAACAUUGACUACCAUCUGUCAUGUUAUGAUAGAAUUUUCAUGCAAUUAUGUAUUUAAGUGGAUCUUAUCCUUUUUUCUUGUCUGAUAUUUAUAGGAUCUAUAAAUAUACACAGGUCCACAUUCACUGUUUCUUUACUGGAAUAAUCGAUCAGUCGACAUGCUGACAGCUUGUUAACACUGUAAAUUUCAUUUCCUGAACAAGUUAAGUUUUUGGCAGGUCCAUGAUUAAUUUUUCAUCUACGGAAACUGCUUUAUCCUGGUGGAUCCUGGAUAUGACACACGCACAUCUGAGCAUACAGGGUGAACAACCGCUAAUUUACAAAUGCAUCAUUGAAAAUGUAACUUUCUUUUACAACUUAUUUAAAAUGAAAUCCUCUGUAAUACACUCUCAAAACAAUAAAAUAUUAUU